CUCUAACAUAAACCAUCAUCGCCUGAGAAACAACCAAUCUGAAUUUUCCGAUGGAAAUCUCAGGACGACGAGUGAGAAGAUUUAGGAUAAGAUUCGGAAGAAACCGCCUCGCCGGCACCGACGGCGGCGAAAACAAUGACGGUUCCGUCCUCCCUCUGCGACACGGCGGAGAUACGGAAAGCGAAGCCUCGUGUUGCUACUGCGAUCUCAAGAUCUCGAUGUUCAACGAACCCAUCUCCCGCCUUGGACGGCGAUUCUCCGGCGUGAUGAAAAUCUGGUUCUCAAUCGGAGUCGGAUUCGGCGUCGCCUCUCUUCUCCUCGUUACCCUCUUCCUUCUCCUUCAAUUCCACUCUAACCCACUCUCCAACAGCCUCGCUUCCGCCGUAUUCGGAUUCUCUCCAUCAACGCGUGUAUCACUUUCCGGCCUCGUUUACGUAUUCGUUUCCACUGUUAUUACUGUUUUAGUUCAUGAACUUGGCCAUGCUCUUGCUGCUGCUAGUGAAGGGAUACAGAUGGAAUACAUUGCCGUUUUCAUCGCAGCUAUAUUUCCGGGAGGUCUUGUAGCUUUCGAUCAUGAUCUCUUACAAUCACUUCCAAGCUUUAAUGCUCUUCGUGUUUACUGUGCUGGUAUUUGGCAUAAUGCUGUGUUCUGUGUACUCUGCGCGUUCGCUUUGUUUCUCUUGCCUGUGAUGUUGUCUCCGUUCUACAAGCAUGGGGAAAGCCUCGUGGUUGUGGGAGUGCCUUCUAAGUCGCCGUUGUUUGGUUACUUGUCUCCUGGAGAUGCUAUCGUGUCCUUGGAUGGCAUACGCGUCCAUAAACCUAGCGAGUGGCUUGAACUGUCAGCGAUUUUGGAUAAGAAAAACAGCGAAACUCUCAAUGCUUCCUUGAAUACUGGAGGCUCAAGGAGGUUUCAUCACGGGAAGGGUUACUGUGUCCCUAUCUCUUUGAUUGAAGAAGGGUUCAAGGGGAAAAUGGUUGAGCAACAAUAUGUUUGUCGUGAUGAUCUCACUCCAUUUCUACCAAUGCCAUGCUCAGAUGCAACGCUAAAAGACUUUUCCGUUUGUUUGGAUGCAAAGGAUAUCGUUAAGCUUAGCAAAUGUGGUGAUGGAUGGGUGACAACAUCAGACACUGAUACUAAAAGUGACUGCGUAUGUUCACAGGGUGAGUGGUGUUUACAAGCAAUCCAAUCUCCAGGUGUUUCAUGGACAGAAAUCACUUAUAGAAGAACCUCAUCACACGAGUGUUCUGGACUUGGUCUGGAUUUCAAUAGCUCGAACUGUCUUGGGACGUUUGUAUUUGUCGGUGAUCUGAUUGCCAUGUCACGUUCAGUUCAUCUAACCGCAUACCAACCUCGUUCGUUAUUUAACUUAUUUGGAAAAUCCUUACCGGAUAUCCUAGAGAGGAGCUUGACCUGCACAUUCCAUGUCUCUCUUGCACUAGUCCUUCUGAACAGUUUACCGGUGUAUUAUCUUGAUGGUGAAUCCAUUUUAGAGUCUAGUCUCCAGCAUCUCACUUGGUUAACCCCAAGAAAGAAGAAGAAAGCACUUCAAGUUUGCCUUUUUGGAGGGAGUCUCCUCUCUCUCCUUGCCUUCCUCAGAAUCUUCCUCAUCGGUUUACCUCUGAACCGAUGGUAAAUGCCCGCAAUUUUGAAUCUCAAUUCAACAUUUUCUCAAAUCUUUACGACACGAUUGGUCUUUCAUUCGAGGCCAAAAGUAGCUCGAGUGCCUUGAACAUAUGGAGUGGAUGCAAACUGCACUCAGAUUUGCGGGUUAACAUAUACCGGAAAGGAAUCAUGGAAACUUAUGUUGAGAUUGGUCAUUUUUUAUCUCACUCACUGUAUGUAUUUGUAUAGGAUCAGGGUAGUUUUAAAAUGUUGUUGUAAUUUUCUGUUUGUUUUAUUUGU